GACAGACUAUAUGUCACUUUUGGACGUUUUUGUCUUAAAUUUUAGGUUACGUUUAAUUGUAUAAAAAAAUUGUAAAAAAUAAUAGAAUAAUUUGAUUUUAUAAACUAAUUUAAGAAGUUAUUUUGUACUUUUUCUACAAUGCCGGCUACUGAGUUAGGUUUUCUACAAGACUGUGAACCGGGGAAGCUACAAAGUCGAAUAUUUCCUAGUAAAGUUGGUGGAAAACCGUCCUGGUUAAGUCUCAACCCCUUGCCCACAUUUGAGGAUCUUAAAUGUAAAACGUGCCAACAAGCCUUAGUGUUUUUAUUACAAAUAUACGCGCCCUAUGAAGACUGUGAAGUGGGUUCGGCCAUUUGGGAGGUGAAUUUUCAUAGAACUGUAUUUGUAUUUAUUUGUCGCAGUCCAGACUGUAACAAACGAAACUUAUGUGAUAAUAUUGUUGUAUUUCGAAGCAGUUUAUCUAGAGAAAAUGAUUUCUAUUCGUUUGUUCCACCGACUAUAGAUUAUGAUCCAGAGUUUGACGCCCUUUAUCGACAACUUUGUUGUCUAUGUGAAGCAUGUGGUAUACCAGCUGAAAAACAAUGCAGUAAGUGUAGAAAAGUGUUGUACUGUUCUAAGGAACAUCAAGUAAUUGAUUGGAAAUCUAGACAUAAGACAAGUUGUUUAAAGGAAGGUCCAGAAAGUGAAAAAGCUGUAUCAAAAAUUUUAUUUCCUGAGUUUGAGUUGAUUACAGCAACAGAAGUUAUAGAGCGUUCAGAUAUUGAUGAACAGAAAGAGUUGGAGAAGUUUGAAGAGCUUAAAGCAAAAGGUGAAACAGGCACUAUGGAAGAUGUUUCAGAAAGUGAAUUAAGUAGCCAUGCUACUAGUGAGAAAGACAAAGCUUUUUUAAAAUUUAAAAAGCAGGUUUCACAUUAUCCAGACCAAGUAAUCAGAUAUUCUAAAGGAGGUCAACCAUUGUUCAUUGCGAAUGGUCCAAUUCCAGCUGCAAUUCCAAACUGUGAACUGUGUGACAAUCCCAGGCAGUUUGAGUUUCAGAUAAUGCCUCAGCUUUUAAGCGAAUUGAAAGAAAACGACCUAGAUUUUGGUGUUUUAUUGGUUUACACAUGUAAAUAUAGUUGUGUUGGCAGUCACAUAAAUAGUUAUAAGAAGGAAUUUGUAUUUAAACAAGACGUUUCAUUAGAAAAUAGUGUCUAGUUAUUUUUUCAUAAAGUAAUAUAUCUAUUAUGUAAUAAUAAAAUUAAUUGUACAGUUUGAGACAUUUUGUACAGUUUGAGAUUAAUUGUACAGUUACAAGACAUUUGUACAGUUAUUAGAUUUACAUUAAAAAAUGUUUUACCA